AUGUCAAAGUCGACGUCGACAUCGUCGCCCUCGCCCUCGAGCAGGUCGGACCUUCUCUGCGCCGAAAUAGGCUCGACCGAAGUGGCGCCCGCGGCCUCCACCCCCCUCCCCAACCGGUACCAUUUGCCCCUCUCCUCCUCCUCCUCGCCCUCGUCGCCUUGCUCAUCUUCCUGUUGCUCCGCGUCGGCCGGCCGCGCGGCGUGUUACGACCAACUGUCGGUCGGUCCCGUCGUCGCCGGCGCCGACGCGGCCAUGCAGAGUCCGCAAAUGCCGACCGAGGGCGAGGAGACCAUGACCUCGGGCUCCGUGGAGACGAGUCGACGUACGGUCUCCGGCUCGGCCAGUCCCGGCGACGGCCGGUCGACGCAAGUCUGCGCCCCAUUGGCCUAUCCCCAGUCGCCACGAGUCCCGCUCCUCGGCGCCGAAGAGGCGAGAACACGCGCUCCGGACCUCGACGUCGACGUCGACGUCAACGUCAACGUCAACGUCAACGGCGACGUAGACGUAGAUGUUGACGUUGGCCUCGGCGACGACUGGCCGGACGCCGACUCGGUGGAUGCGAAUCCGUGGGUCUGCAACUGCCAACCGGACGGCGAGUCUGUCCUGACGCCGUCGCCAACGGCGACUCGCCCUCGCCCUCGCCCUCGCCCUCGGGCGAGGCCGGUGGCGGCCGACAACACGGCGCCGAGACUGGCGACGCUGCCGAGCAACGCGGGCCUGCAUCCGCGACACGAGGCCGAGCAGCAUCGCGACCGACUCGAGCAGAAGCGCGAGAAGAAGGCGGCUCGAACCCUCGCCAUCAUCACCGGCUGCUUCCUGCUCUGCUGGUUGCCGUUCUCCAUCCACGCGCUCAUUCUGCCCUUUUGCCAGGACGCCUGCUCCACACAUCCGCUCAUCGACAGCCUCCUGCUCUGGCUGGGCUACCUCAACUCCCUCUUGAACCCCAUCAUCUACACCAUCUUUGCGCCCGACUUCAGAAACGCCUUCCGCAAGAUCCUCUUCGGCCGCUAUCAUACCAGCAGGAAACCUCGCUUCUGA